AUGCAUUGGACAGCUGAACUGACUUCUAUGAAUCGAUUCAAAGAAAAAAUGUAUUCAGCUGCCAACAAAAAGUUGAAUAAUAUUCCACGUGUAAUGUGUGAAUAUCAUGAUAUUUUUCUGGCAAAUGACUCACGUUAUUCAAUAGUUUCUCAUAUUUUUUCGACCAUCGGAUUGCCAAUUCACAUUUUCGGUUUCUAUUGUAUAAUCAAGAAAACGCCAAAAGAAAUGUCGUCGAUUAAAUUCAGCAUGCUUCUUUUGCACGUUAGUUGUUUCAUAUCCGACACUAUUUUUGGGGCAUUCAUUAUUCCGGUGAUCUUUUUACCCUACUUUUGCGGAUAUUCAAUGGGGCUUUUGAAUUAUUUCGGAAUUCCGAUGUGGAUUCAAAUUUAUUUCGGAAUCACAACUUCAACAAGUUAG